AUGAAUUUUAAAACAUUUUUAUUAUUUCCAAUUUUUUGUUGUUCUUUCCUACAUUCAUUUCUUGAAUCUUCUGCUUGUUUUGGUGGAGGGAUUGGUGGUUGUGGCAUAAAUCCUUGGGGAGGAUUUGGAAGUUUUGGGUGUGGAUGGGGUGGUGGAGGAGGGGGAGGGGGAAUGUUUGGUGGUAGUGAUUGGAAUUUUGGAAUUGGAGGUUAUCCUGCUUAUUCUGCACCCAUUAUUGGAGCUUAUCCUUAUUCUACAAACUUCGCAACUGGUCUUUAUGCAGCGCCACCAAUGCCCAUCAUUGCCCCCUGUUGUCCAUUCUCUGGACUUUUUGGAUUUAAAAAAAGAAGAAAAAGAAAUAUAUUAAAAGGCAAAACAUUACAAUUAAUUAUUAAUAAUGGAACUCAGAAUUAUUUAAAUAUUCAAAAAUUUUGA